AUGAAGUUCCCACUGCCUCGCAACCUCUUCCCCGCGGUGGAAUUGCCGCCCGAUGAAGCUCAAGCGCUCGAGAGCUACGCGGCCAGCGUGGUGCGCGAGACGCGCGACUACUAUCACGACUUCUUGACGACACGCCAGGGACAGGUCGACCCGAGCGAGUGGAAGAAGCUCAAGCAGCAAGACAGCUUUACGCUCUACAAGCAGUACGGGGCAGCGGCGGUGGAGCGGAGGAGCGUGUCAAGGCUACGAGACCCUCUGCGCGACAACGAAGUGGUGCCCCUCAUGCUUGCAGUCGGCAGCUUGGAUGGAACAGUUGAGGACUUUAAGGCUCAUCCGUUCCUGGUUGGGACAGUCAUGCGGGUGAGGGACAUCGUGUACCUCGAGACGACGGGCUUUACGACUAUCACGGGGCCGGACGGAGCUAAACAGCCGCUGGGGUAUCACCUGAAGCAUUCUAUUGACCUCCCAGACGUCCACGAGCUGACGGAGUUCGGUAUUCGCUCCGAGCGCGUCGUCGACGUAUUUCUUCGGGGAUUCGUGUGUGCCAUGGGGGACGCACCGGAGUCUCUCGUGGUCUCGACAGUCACUGAGAUCGUCAUGUCCAUCCCCAAGAACCUCGAGUGCGCCAAGAUGUACAAGCUGGCGUAUCUGCUCAAACGCGCCACCCCUCCAUUAAAGUCAAGUGGAAGCUGUAAGGAGUGUUCACUAUGCAAACGCACCGUGAAACCCGCGGCGCCUGGAGACAUCCACAAGAUCUGUUGCGUCUGCUGCGCGCGCGUGUGCUCGAGCUGCCGAGUUGUCCACAAGAUGCUCAAGGUGUCGCCCUACAAGCCAGGCGUGACCUCGGAGAAGAUGACGUUCUGUGUGCGCUGUGUACGCACAGCAUCGGAGAUCAGUGCGUCGCUUGUAGCCGUCCACUCAGUACGAGAUGCGGACGCAGAAGCACUACCCGAACACGAUGUCCUGCUCUGGAGUAUCGACGUCGCCAGCUCGAUCAACUCGUACUCAUCGUCCGCGAAAAGUGAGAGCGAAGUGCUUUCGGAUAAGUUUGUGUGUCUUUGGCACAUCGGCGCAAUGUUCUAG